AUGACCGACUCCGAUGACGAGAUAGCGUUGUCUGCCGACACACUGGCUGCGUUGGCCGAGUUCCAUGCAGAACGGGAUUCGGCACAGGCCAAGUUCAAGGAGCUUCAGGCCGAGGCUGAGGUGGAAAAUGGCCCAUUGUCAAUGGAGGCAUUUGGCGAGGAUUGGAACGAGUCCCAGUUUUGGUAUUCAAAUGAGACUGCUAGUGCCCUGGCCCAUCAGCUGCUCGAUGGUGCAAGAAGUAGGACAAGCAUUGGGGUCAUCUCGACCCCGAGUGCGUUCGUGGCCCUCAAGAACAUCUUGAGAACGAGACCGGAAAGCGAACGUCCACGGCUGGUGCUGUUGGAGCACGAUCAUCGUUUUCGUGUCUUUGAGGAAUUCGUCUACUAUGACUUUCAGAAGCCUCUUGAACUUCCUGUGGCCAUGACCGUGCGGUGGCUCCUCAAGACGAGAAUCCCGGAGCUCCCCGCGCCCCAGGUGAUUUUGAACACGGGAGAAAGACUCAAUCAGCUCAUUGCGAAGGUCUACCGGCCGUUUGGCCUUCGACCAACGACAUUUAUGCUGAAGCACGCACGGGGGCUGAGCAACGAGUUCUAUUGCUACGCCAACUUCGAAUGUCCUACGUGGACGUGGUUGCCCGAAACAGCGUGA